AUUGAAGAUGAAAAGGCAUGAACUAUUUAUUACUAGCUAUAAGUGUUUAAUUAUAAGAUGAUAUAUGCAAUUAAUCGUCUUGGUAGAACUUCUAUACUUAGACUGUCCAGGAGAUACGCCACGCGCUCUGUGUAACCAUCCAUUUUGAACAAAGAUAUGACAGAAAUCAGUUUGGACAAGUUAAACAAAUACUUAUCUGAAAACAGUUAUAUAUCUGGAUACCAGGCUAGCCAAAACGACAAUAUUGUUGUUGAUUACUUACUGAAUCAAGAUUUCAAAAAUCAUACUCAUAUUUCUCGCUGGUAUAAUCAUAUAACCAGUUUCGGCUCGAACCGUAAGUCGUUCCCAGAGAUUACAGACGUCAAACCAACGUUUGACUUGAGCUGUAUCAAAGGAUCUACGUCUGAGCUAAGAAAAAUGAAAGAAAAGAAAGCAAAAGAAAAAAGCGGCGGUGGGCCUGAAAAAACUACUGCUUCCGAGCUCAACCCAUGGCCUUCAUAUAUUCAGGAAAGAAUUGCUAUGUGGGACAAGCUGAAAGCGCAGUACGAUGCUGAAAUAGCAGCCAAAGUUCCGGAAAAUAUCACCGUAACACUGCCUGAUGGUAAACAAGUCUCGGCUCAGUCCUGGAGGACGACUCCCUACGAUGUGGCCAAGGGCAUCAGCCAAGGCCUAGCAGACAACACAGUUAUAUCCAAAGUGAACGGAGAAUUGUGGGACAUUGACCGUCCUCUGGAAGCAAGCUGCAAACUGGAAUUGCUUAAGUUCGACAAUCCUGAAGCUGAGCAGGUUUUCUGGCACUCCAGCGCUCACAUUCUAGGCGAGGCCAUGGAGAGAGUGUACGGAGGCUGUCUGUGCUACGGACCUCCUAUUGAUUCUGGCUUCUACUAUGACAUGCAUAUUGCAGACAGACAGGUAUCAAACGCAGAUUUUCCGGUGAUGGAGGGUAUAGUUAAGAAUAUCGUUAAGGAGAAACAACCUUUUGAAAGGCUAGAACUGAAAAAAGAAGACCUGCUGGAAAUGUUCAAGUACAAUGAGUUCAAGCAGAGGAUCUUGAAGGAGAAAGUGAAGACACCGACCACAACCGUGUACCGAUGUGGUUCUCUAAUAGACCUGUGCCGAGGGCCGCACAUCAAGCACACUGGCAAAGUCAAGGCUUUCAAAGUCACCAAGAACUCUGCCACAUAUUGGGAGGGGAAGUCGGACGCAGAGUCGCUUCAAAGAGUCUACGGAAUCGCCUUUCCCGACAACAAGCAGAUGAAGGAGUGGGAGAAGUUCCAGGAAGAAGCAGCCAAACGGGAUCAUCGCAAGAUCGGCAGGGAACAAGAGCUGUACUUCUUCCACGAGCUGAGCCCCGGCUCGUGUUUCUUCCAGCCGCGCGGCGCGCACAUCUACAACAAGCUGAUAGACUUUAUCCGUUCCGAGUACCGCAAGCGAGGCUUCCAGGAGGUGGUGACGCCCAACAUAUACAACGCCAAGCUGUGGCAGACGUCGGGUCACUGGGAACAUUACGCGGAUAACAUGUUCUCCUUUGAUGUUGAGAAGGAAAUGUUUGCUUUGAAACCAAUGAACUGCCCUGGACACUGUUUGGUGUUUGACCAUCGGCCCAGAUCAUGGAGAGAGCUGCCUCUGAGAAUGGCCGACUUUGGUGUAUUGCAUCGUAAUGAGCUGUCAGGGGCCCUCACAGGAUUGACCAGGGUGAGGAGGUUCCAGCAAGACGACGCUCACAUCUUCUGUGCUGUCAGCCAGAUCAAAGCUGAGAUCACCGGAGCCUUGGACUUUUUGAGACAUGUCUACGGAGUGUUCGGCUUCACCUUCCAGCUGUGUUUGUCCACAAGACCAGACAAGUUUCUGGGCGACAUCUCCGUCUGGGACCACGCCGAGAAGCAACUUGCAGACAGUUUAAAUGAGUUUGGAGAGACGUGGAGAGAGAACCCGGGUGACGGAGCUUUCUACGGCCCCAAGAUUGACAUUACAAUCAUGGACGCUUUGAGACGCAACCAUCAGUGCGCUACGAUCCAGCUGGACUUCCAGCUACCCAUCAGGUUCAACCUGUCGUACAUCAAUGAUGAUGGAGAGAAGACUAGGCCGGUGAUCAUACACAGGGCCAUUCUAGGAUCUGUGGAGCGUAUGAUCGCUAUUCUGACAGAGUCGUACGCUGGCAAGUGGCCGUUCUGGCUGUCCCCUCGACAAGUCAUGGUCAUCCCGGUCGGACCUCCGUUCCAAGACUACGCUGAAAAGGUCAAGAACUUGCUGUACGAGGCUGGUUUCAUCUGUGAACUAGACAUUGACUCUGGCGACACUAUGAACAAGAAGAUCAGAAACGCUCAACUCGCUCAGUACAACUUCAUCCUUGUGGUUGGAGAGAGGGAAAAGACAGCUGAGACGGUGAACGUCCGGACCAGAGAUAACGUCAUCCAUGGAGAACUCAACCUUCCAGAUCUUAUCUCCAAGUUCAAGCGCCUCUCUGAAGAAAAGUGCAGCGAAGACAAGUUCUAAGUCGUACAGGAACCACUGGCCUACACACAUUACUAGUGUCUCUCAAACCUAAAGUUCUGACAGUGUAGGUUUGAAAUCGUUUAGGUUUUGUUUAAUUUAUAUCAAAUUCUGCAAGAUAUUUGGUCUUCUCGCUUUCAAUUGUGCAUUUGAAAAAAUGACAGCUUCAAUGCCGAUAUAAAACAAUGUAAAAGGCUUCAUCACUAAGUAUUAAUCAUGCUGUUAAACAGUGCAGACUAGGACUAAGAAUGGUCCAUUGAAUGUAGUUAAUCAUAAGUGGUGAAGACUUAGUAACAUUAAAACUGUCUAUUGCAAUAAUUGUUAUAUAUUUUUUCUCAGCACUGAAACUAUCCAUCUAAUAUUAGUAUUUUGUUCACAGUAUGAAAAUCAAUUUCUAAAGUUAUGAGUGCAUAGCCAGUAAGUUCUUACCUUAUUUUACUUAUUUAUUUUAUUUUUAAGUCGAAUCACUAUGGAAUUUACAAAUUUAUCUACUAAUCUUUUUUACUUUCCUUGAAGUAUUUCUUUCAGAAUUUGGGACGUGUGUUUCUGUUGCGAUCACAAUUUAAAUUUUUCUAUGUUAAAGGAAAAAGUUUAUUUUUUUUACUGGCCUACACGCAUUUCUAGUGUCUCUCAAACCUAAAGUUCUGACAGUGUAGGUUUGAAAUAUUUUAGGUUUUGUUUAAUUUAUAUCAAAUUCUGCAAGAUAUUUGGUCUUCUCGCUUUCAAUUGUGCAUUUGAAAAUAUGACAACUUCAAUGCCGAUAUAAAACAAUGUAAAAGGCUUCAUCACUAUGUAUUAAUCAUGCUGUUAAACAGUGCAGACUAGGACUAAGAAUGGUCCAUUGAAUGUAGUUAAUCAUAAGUGGUGAAGACUUAGUAACAUUUAAACUGUUGCAAUAAUUGUUAUAUAUUUGUCCUCAGCACUGAAACUAUCUAUCUAAUAUCUUUUGUUCACAGUAUGAAAAUCAAUUUCUAAAGUUAUGAGUGCAUAGCCAGUAAGUUCUUAUUUUACUUAUUUAUUUUAUUUUUAAGUCGAAUCACUAUGGAAUUUACAAAUUUACCUACUAAUCUUUUUUACUUUUCCUAAAGUAUUUCUUUCACAAUUUGGGACGUGUGUUUCUGUUGCGAUCACAAUUUAAAUUUUUCUAUGUUAAAGGAGAAAAUUUAUUUUUUUGAAAAGUUUAUCUUUUUGAGAAUACUUGAACAUACAUGAGUGUUCAAACUGCUGAAACUAUUUAAUUCUAUGCAAUUUCUUUACAUAGGAAGAUUUUUUAUUGAGUUUUUUAUUAUAUAUGAAAUGGAAGCCUAUUUAAAAACUGUAGUAGAUGUGACUCAUCAGUCAGAAAUUGCUUUAGAAUAAGGUCUAAAGGUAUUGAUUUUUAUAGUAAUCUGUGGUCAUUUUGUAAUUGGUUCAAAUAAAGCAAUUUUAUGUCUUA